AUGUCCCGACCGCAGCUCUUCGUUCCCCAGCCGGGGCAAUCAGGGUCGUCCAAUUCGCUACCUUCGGGAUGGCAGUCCGUUCCGCAAGGCCCUCCUGGACCGUUUGAUCUAUUCAGUGGACCGCCAGGAUACCGUCCACCGGCUGGCGGAGCAGGGAUGCAGCAGCAGCAGCAGCAGCAGCAGCAGCCGGGAUUUGGCUUCGGUCCGCCGCAGGGGCCUCCCGGCGGAAUCGGCGGAGGUGGCGGAUUUGGAUUCGGGGGUCCUGCGCCCGGCGGAGGACCCAUGGGUCCGCCGGGAAUGAUGGGAGGUCCGGGGACAGGAGGAGCGGAUGGGGGUCAUAAUCCGCUAAACGACAUGCUCGCGGGGGCUGGGUCAGGGUUCAUUCGGUCGGGCCUGGGUGCUUAUGGCGAGCGGCUACUAGGGAGCAGUCGCGCCUACGUUCAAAACAACGUGGGCAAGUACUUUGCAUCCACGGACUUCCACUACUACUUCCAUGUCAACGAUGCCUAUGUGCGCAACAAACUCAAAAUCAUCGUCUUCCCGUUCUUACACAAGGGCCACUGGACGAGAGUGGCGGAGCAGGUGGCCGGGGGGCUGACGUACAAGCCGCCAUGCAAUGACAUCAACGCCCCGGACCUCUACAUCCCUUUCAUGGCCUUCGCCACCUAUGUGGUGCUCGCCGGACUCUCCGCUGGCCUGCUCGGCAGGUUUGCUCCGGCAUUUGUGAAUGCGCGUGUUGGCAAAGGAUUAAUCGGGUGGUUUUUGGAGGUGCUGCUUCUUCGGACGAUGCUCUACUCGUUGGCAUCAGGCGAUGCUCCGCUGCUCGACCUCGUGGCAUACGCUGGCUACAUGUUUGUUGGGAUCUCCCUGACAAGCCUUUCUUGGGUCGUCUGGCGAAUGGCCUACUUUCCUGUUUUGAUUUGGACAAGCUUGUGCAUGGCAAUGUUUCUGGUGAAGACAAUGAAGCGGGUGAUGUUCGCUGAGACCCGGCACUACGACCGGAGUGCUCGUACGGCAGGCGGUGGGGAGGUUGUGGUGGGUGGAGAGGGGUGGAAGGAGGCGGAGAAGCGGUGGGAGAGCGAGCAGGGGUUGGCGGAGUUGCCAUUGGACGAGGCGUUUCUGCUGUUCGACAUGGUGUUCGGGCGGAACCCGCCUGCUGCUACCCUCUCCCAGUGGUCGCGACAGGGAUUCAGAUUCAGCGACGACCCGGCGACUUCGCUAGGGCUGGUGCAGAGGGAGGGGGGGGCGUGCGGGGUGCUGGCGCCAGUGCAGGCGCUGCUGCUCAAAUACCUCCUCUUCCCCCCCGCGCCUGCGCACCUUGCGGAUGCCUCCCCGCCUUCCGCACCUGCCGCACUUGCCGCUACUGCUGGUGCUGGGGAGAGGAGCGCUGGGCAGCAGGGGGAGCAGAGGGGGGAGGGGAGGAAGGAGAAAGUGGGAGGGUGGGAAGGGGAUGAUAUGAGGUUUUAUGACUCGAUGCCAGGCCUGGAUGUGCAAGGUAGAGUCCACCCUACAGUUUCUGCUUCUGCUGCUGGUGCUAGUGGUGGUGCUCCUGGUGCUGCUGGUGCUAGUGGUGGUGCUGGUGGUGGUCUGACAGCCGCUAUCACUGGCGCUGCCUCUGGUGCGGCAGCUGUAGCAGGAGAGGGGGAGGGGUCAGGCGACUCUGCUGCGCUGCCAGCCUUGGAAGCCGUACGGGAUGAAGAGGGGGAGGGGGGAGAAGAAGGCGAGGGAGGGGAAGCCCCUCUGAUCUUCUCGCAGGUUGAGAGACGAAGGGCACUGGUGUUGGCAAUGGCAGAGUCCUUAUGGGUGCCAAGCAGAGGGCAGAGAGUUGUCAUUGCUGCCGUAUCAGCACACAGGCUGGCCGCGUUGGCAUCACAAGCUGCUUUGGCAUCACCAAUCAGCGACGCGACAGCGCUUCAAGGAGCAGUCAGAGUGCGACACCUGGCGGGGGCGUCGCAUGCUGACGUGGCGAAGGCGCUGCACCGGCUGUUUCCGGUGUUUGAGAGUGAUUUUGGCGCGCUGCUGCUGCUCUUCUCUGUGCUGCUCUCGAGGGGACUUGAGCGUGUUCAAGAGGACAGGGACGACCCAGAGCCACCGCUUGUAACACCCCCAUUCGGCCACGCCUCGCAGGAGAUUGUGAACCUACUGCUAUGUGGCGAGGCCGUGGCGAACGUAUUUGAUGGUACCAUGGACUUGGGAGGGGGCAUGGCGCUCAAAGGUAUUCCCUCAGAGGCCCAGGUGGGCUUCCUCACGCUCCUCGAGUCCCUCAACCUCUGCAAGGUCGGGCAGCGUUUGAAACAUCCCAAGCUGCCCAUCUGGGUGGUGGGCAGCGAAUCGCACUACACCGUGCUCUUUGCGCUUUCGACUGAAGUACAGGAGGAGAAUGAUGCGGAAGCAGAGGAGUCGCGGGUCAGAGAGGUGUUCGACCGGUUUGAUACAAGUGGAGGAGGGGGGUUUGUUGCUGUUGAGUCUCUUCUACCUAUGCUGGCUGAGUUAAGGGUAAAUUUCCCUUCGGACACAAUUGACUCGCUUUCGGCGCUGGGGGUAAUUGUGUGGAACGAGCUGUGGCAGGCCCUGCUGAAGCUGGACCGAUCCCAGGGGGGGUUCAAGAGAGAGGGGUCGAGUGGGAGCCGACCUGCCAGCAGGAAGUUUGACUUGUAUCACUUCAAUGGGAUUGCAAAGCGUGUGCAGACAGGAAGCAGCAAUGCAGCCGCAGCGGCAGCAGCAGCAGGUUCUGAGGGAAAUGGAGCAGGGGUCACAUCGUAUGGCGGAAUGGAUGUGCCGCAGCGUGUGCUAUCACCGCCGUUGACUGCGAUGGAUCAACGGCCGAGAUUGGUCCGGCUUCAUGUGACCGUGCCACCGAAAUGGUCGCCGGAAGAUCUGAUGAUGAUACCUAGGCCGGAGGGCAGUGGGAUGGAUGGAAUUCCUCCUGAGGUGGUGGCAGACUCGUUUGACUCUAGUGUGAAUCCGAUGCAGCGCACUUCGCGUGAAGCUCCCCUUGUCGAUUGUAUUCGCACUCGGUGGCAGCGAGCGUCGUGCACGUGGGUAGGGGAUGCGCCAUCUAUCGUGUAG